UCUAAGAAUAAAUUUUUUUAAACAUGUGGUUAUUCCAUGAAACAAGAGAUGAGAUAAUUAAGCCGGUCAUAUUGGCCACAAUUAACCGUAUUUUUCUGAAUACUAUUUUGACAAAAAGAAAAGUAACUAAAAAUUAUCAUUCUCAUAAAGAAAAAAAGAAAGAAAAAGAAACAAAUUGCAGUUCAGGAGAGGGUGUUCAUCACAGAAUAAGAGUCUUCAAAAAUUUAAUAUUACUAAAGUGAUGGAUAGGUAUCAGAAAGUGCAGAAGCCAAGAGUUGAGACUUCUAUAAAGGAGAAUGAGAUUAGAAUAACAACUCAAGGGAGAUUGAGGAACUACAUUACUUAUGCUACUACUCUUCUCCAGGAAAAAAUGUAAAGAAAUUGCUCUCAAAUCUUAGUAACACAGUAAUGAUCGCGGAACUAAUAAAGGUGCGCGCGGCAGAUUGUAGCAUGUUUAUGUCCUUUUACUGCAUUCUUUGAAAAUUGUCUUUUAAUACAAUACAUCUCCUCUCUGUUUCCAAGCUCAAUAUAUAUAAAGCAUUUAACAAGAUAAUUAUCUUUACGUAUAUAUAUAUCAGAGAAAGAUGGUUGGCCUUCAUCACUGAUCGAUAUGUGGGAACCUUUAGAAGAAGGACUUCUUCCGCAAGUUGCAUCUUCUGUCCAUGAAAUAUUUUUCAGGUUGUUUGACAAUUUGCUCAAUUUUCUGCAGCCUCGAGACUACUCAAUAUGAGCACUGCAUUUAGUACCCUUCCUUUUCUUGAAUUGGUUAGCUCACUUAGCUUGUGAUCAAUCAAUGCUUUUUCGAAAUGCCAUACUAGUCAAAAUGCUAUUUUUUUCAGGUUAUGGCUUAAAGGCGCAUGAAUUAUUUCAAAAGUUUGUAGAAUUUUGCAGGUACCAACCACCUAUUCCAGCAGAUCAAGUAAGACCAGUGAUUGAAUAUGACUAUGCAGGAGGACGUUUUAACAAUGGCGUGCCCGGAUAUGGUGGAGGGCGUGGAUAUAAUGGGAGAGGCCGAAAUGGAGGAAGAGGUCGUGGUGCUUAUCGUGGACGUGGUAACAACUAUGUUGGACUAGCUGGUUCAAUGCCCAUUCAGGGCCAGGGCCGAGGCCAAGGACUAGGAUGGAGUAGAGGUCGUGGUCAGGGUAUUAAAUCAAAUGGUCCUCUCCAGGCACCAGCUGCCUAUGUCUGAAUUUAGGUAUAGGAUGUUUUUGAUGUCUACUUUGCUUGAAAAUUUCUUACUUUAAAGACACAACGCAAGGACAUUAGAUAAACUUUAGUCAUGGAUAUAUAUAGGGUUUGUGCAAAAGUUAUUGAGUUAUCCUGCGAACCCCGUAGCUUAUCCUCUAGAUUUACCAAUGACUUUCAGGGCUACUGCACGAGUCAAAACUGCUUUUGUAGUUUCACCAACUUAUACUCUAGAUCGCCACUGACUUUCCUGACCAUUGCGCGAGUCAGAACUACUUUUGUAGUGUUCAACAAUUCCUUACUAUUCAAAUUGCUAUUGCGAAAUCCACCUCUAUCUGAUGAGACUUUGUUCUCUCAUCGCAUCCAUCGUUAUUACU